CGCAUACACACUCCUUCGUAAAGAUAAACAAACACAGGUUUAUUUAGUCCGUGUGCAUUAGCUGUUAAAAUACAAUGUGCAGGAUUGUGGAAUUAUAAAUCCAGUCGAUUGAUGAAGCCAGGGACAGACCGCGCAUGCUUGAUUGAAUUGAAUAAGGUGACGUCAUUCAUUUAACAACGUGUGCAAGGGGAUUUAAAGACGUCAUGUGCGGUGACGUUCUAAAAUGACUUAUGGAUCAGUGUUAAAAUGGCGUUUUCCCUUCCAAGAGAGGAUUGAAAUACGUACACCGGGUGCUAGGGUUCUCUUCCUGUCAGUAUUUGUAGCGGCAUUUGUGAUAUUUGGAAUAUUGUUUUCCUAUAAUAACAUUAAUGAUGUCAGCGAUGUGACGUCAAUUGUCCUUAUUCAAAACAAAAUAAAUUCGGAACAUACUGGUUCGCAGAGAGUACUUAAGACGUUGUCAAGGUUACAGGCUGAAACCAACGUAGCUGACGAUAACAAUGAAUUUUAUAAACACGUGACAACCGGGGUUGACAACGAGGCUGCAAUUGAUGAGGAAGAUGAGGAGGCGGAAUCUCUGGAUUGGGGGCAGGAGGAGGUCGACAUGGACUUGAAGUCUUCUGGUGACGGGUCGGGGUUUGGGUUGUCUGCAAAUGAGAGCGGGGACGCAGAUGUGAGUGCGGUCAUCGACUGGAAUGAUCCCCGGCUUGACCUGCUGCACAUGGAUAGACCGGAGUUCAGUCCCCGCUUCAAGAACCCAUGUUGGUUUGAGCCGCUACGAACGCCCGACCCGUACGAAAACAACACGUUCGCCACGUUCUCUCCAUCAGCUAAACGCACACUCGAGCGUCUGGGCGAACAGUGGGAGGAGCAGUACUACCUUAAUGACGUCAAGCCCACGCGGCUACGAUGUCUGCCGCACUUCAUAAUCAUUGGUCAGCCGAAGUGCGGGAGCACGGACCUGUUUUGGAAGGUUGCCAAGCACCCGGACAUCGUUACGCCCCCUAUCAAGGAACUGCACUGGUGGUCCAGGAGCAGACAAGGUCGGCGAUUCCAGUACCGGAAGUUAAUCCCUCUCGAGGACUACGUUGACAUGUUUGACGAGGCGGGCUCUCUCAUCCUCGACCGGGCUAACAAUGCCUCGCUUCAGGGUGCAAUGGAACCCCUAGACCAGAUCGUCACUGGAGAGGCAAGCGUGUCAACAUUCUGGGACAAUUUUGAGUGGCCCCGGUACCCGGAGAACAAGGGCCUUGCGGAGCCCCGCUACCUCAUACCUCACUACAUACAACAUUUCAUUCCAGAUGUGAAACUCAUACUUAUAGUCAGAGAUCCUGUUGAAAGGAUGUAUUCUGACUACCUAUACUUCCAUUCCAAGAACAAGUCGGCUGACGACUUUCACGAGGCAGCCAGUAAAGCUGUCAGCCUGUAUAGCUCCUGUGUCCAUACGUACGGGACGCGACGGUGUGCCUAUAACAACACUUUAGCCAAUCAAGUCAGGGUACGGUUACGUGUGGGUAUGUACUCCGUGUAUAUGCAAGACUGGCUGAAACUGUUUCCACGGCAACAGUUCUACAUCAUGCGCUUAGAGGACUACACAAAGGAUCCAGUCUAUCAUGUGAAACAGAUCUAUAAGUUCCUAAGCAUCCGACCAAUUCCACGAGACAAGGAGAAGCUCAUUUCCAGUUCACCAAAAUCCAAUAUCCGAAAACCUGAGGACCAGGAGCUGGGUGCCAUGCACAACAAAACACGGCAACUGCUUGCUGACUUUUACAGCACCUAUAACAAGGACCUAGCAGCUUUGAUAGAGGACAGGCGUUAUCUUUGGUUGGACAGCUGAGAAUACGUAAUAAAAUAAAAAAAAUUGUUGCAGAUUGCAUCAAAGUCAGAUAUAUUCAUCACUUAUUCAUAGCGCUUGCUGAAAAUAUGAGAAAUCCCACAGUUUCAUCUAGUGCCAAUGUUUCAUAGACAAUCAAUCAUUAUACAUGUCAUCACAUUCAUUUCCCUAUACAAGAUAUUUUUUCCUUUAUAACAUAUAACACAGGGUUGAGCCAUUGUUUUAAAAUGGUAUAUACUCUUCACUAACGUUUACUUACAUUAUGCAUUUAGCCAUCAUUUUAACCCACCGCAGUGAUCCCACCAUUUUAUACAUACCCAGCUAUUUUAUUUGUUCUUAUUUUUUAACCUUACAUGAGACAUGCAUGCAGACAUAGGGUAGUUUCACUGCCGAGCUCAGUAUGUUUAUCCACUUUCAAUGCCAAAUUUGUUCUGUAAAACCAUGACAUUAUUCCUAUUAAUGUGUAUUUUUACUUGGAUAUUACAUGUUAAAUGAAAGUAAUUGUUUUUUAUUGUUAACAGUUAACAGGGGUAACAAAAAAAUGUUUGUUUCCAGUCUCCUGACUUUGCCUCUUUUUUCACCGACCCAAUUUAAAUAAAAAUGUUUACGUGAUUGUUUUCACCUUUUACAUGUACAUCUUUUCGGUAUUUUCUUGAUUGGGAAAGAAGCCUUAAUGUAUUUUUUUAUGGAGCCCUCUAGUUAAAGCUAAUCUGGACCAGCGCUGUUUUAAGUGUGACAAUGAUAUACAGACUCUAGAAGUUAACUUUAAUAAAUCCCAACCAUCUAUUUUAUUUAAAACAUGAUUUAUUUCAUGAAAAUACAUUGAAAAACAUACAAAUGUGUCAUCAUUAGGAUUGAGAAGGUAGCUGAAAGCUAAUAUCAUUAUCUCUCUCCUUUUAACUUGGAGGCAGUGAAAUUGGAAAUAAACACUUUUUUGGUCUCAUAUAAAUGCUCAGGUCGCUUGACUGCAAGGUUGUGAAGAUAUUUCAGUAUUGCCCAUGUUUUAUGACCUGGUGCUGUAUUCGAUACACGCAUGAUAUUGAUAUUAAAUACGGCCCCAGGUCAUAUCCGUUGUAAGCCAAAUUCAGAAUCACACUUAGUUAGAAAUGUGAUAAAAUUGUGCAAAAGUCGGGUUAUUGUUACAUGUAUAUUUUGUAUAUGCCUGCUUUAUAAUAUUUAUUUUCUGGCAUCUUAAUGUUCGUUUUGUGCUUUCAAUGUGUAAAUCUUUUUUUUUUCAAAAGCAAUGAAAAAUCAAAAACAGCCAAAACAAAAUUAGUAGUCAUACAUGUACAUUAUUGGGAAUAAAAAAUGUUAAUGUCAACUCUUUCCAUACUGGUGGAGUUAUCCAUUUAACAGAUAUAGUUUUACACCCAAAGUUUCGUACAUCCGAUCUCUAUUUCACUUACUAUACUAUAUAACUAUUAUUAUUAAUAUUAUUGUCGUGAUAAAUAUUUGAACAAAUUUGUACAUAAUAAAUAUUUUCAAAUUGA